CUCGCACCCCCAUUUCCAUCCUCACCAACCCCACCGAACAAAAACCCUCCCAACACCACACCAACCCCCACUCUCACCACCCAGCGCGUGCUCCUCACUUUCCCCCUUCACCAACUCCCAUUCCCCCUCCCCUAUAUCCCCAUACCCAAAUCCAAAAUCAAACCCGAAAUUUCAAUUUCAAUAUGAUUCUCUUUCUCCUCCCUCUCUUCUUCAUCCUCGCCUUCAGCCUCUACCGCCGCCUCCGCUUCCUGCUGCCCCCCGGACCCCGCCCCCUUCCGGUCGUCGGCAACCUCUACGACGUCCAGCCGGUCCGGUUCCGAUGCUACGCCGAGUGGGCCCGGCAGUACGGCCCGAUCAUAUCGGUCUGGUUCGGGUCCACCCUAAACGUCGUCGUCUCCAACUCCGACCUCGCCAGAGAGGUCCUGAAGGAGCACGACCAGAGCCUGGCCAACCGCCACCGGACCAGAUCGGCGGCCAAAUUCAGCCGCGACGGCCAGGACCUGAUUUGGGCCGAUUAUGGGCCCCACUACGUGAAGGUGAGGAAAGUUUGUACCAUUGAACUUUUCUCUCCGAAGCGCCUCGAAUCUCUCAGGCCCAUUAGAGAAGAUGAAGUCACCGCCAUGGUUGAAGACAUCUUCAACUGCUGCACUAACCCUGGUACCUAAAUUCCUUUCUUCUUAUCCUCUUUAGUGUUCACCACUCCUUACAAAAUCGAAAAGUAAAAAAUACUUAAAUUUGGAUCCUCCCAAAUAUUUAGCGAUGAUCCGGAUAAGAUAGACGGCGUGUGACAACUUAAUUAUUUUUCUUUCGAAAUUUUAGUGGUGGUCACGAUGCUGAGUAAUAACAAUUUAUAUCGAUGUGGAACCUAUACAAUUUAAUAGUGGGACCCACGUAAAUAUACAUAACAUUACUGAGAUU